AUGGCUUGUUCUUACUGUGAUUUCCUUGCUGGAAGUAAUGAAGGAACUGACAGUUGUAUGGCUUUCGAGGUUGAGCGCAUGUGCUACGAUAAGAGAAGAUCAGCUGCAGUUAGCCAAGCUUCUGUCGAUUCUUUUAAGCAAGUUUUUCGAGAUAUUCAGAAUUUAAUGUACAGAUAUGCAAAUAAAGACGAUUCUUUAUUGACCAUGUUCAAGGCAGGGAGCAAGGGUAACUUGCUGAAGCUAGUACAGCAUAGCAUGUUUCCUCUUAAGCUCUCAUGUGCCGCAUGGAAUUAUCUGAAGUCACAUAGCUUAAACCAGGAAGUUGAUGAUACUGUGGAAUCUGCUAAGAAUUUCAUCCAGUAUGCUGUGGUUGAAAGUUCUUUUAUGACAGGUCUGAAUCCACUAGAAUGCUUUGUUCAUUCAGUUACUAGCCUGGGGAGUUCUUUCAGUGAUCAUGCUGACCUUCCUGGAACGCUGUCACGAAGGCUUAUGUUCUUCAUGCGUGAUAUAUGUGCUGCAUAUGAUGGAAUUGUGAGGAAUGCAUAUGGAGAUCAGGUUGUUCAGUUCAGCUAUCGUGUUGAUAAGAUAGACAUUCAUAACAAGUUGAUUACAAGAUUUCCCGAGUUCAAGCAGGUCGAUAUUUUAUGGAAAGAUCACCUCAAAAUCUCGAAAUCUCGUAGAACUUCUCCCGUUGAACUUUACUUGAAGGUAGCUGUAUCAGGAUUUCGGUAUAACAGAUCUCUGGGGUGUGCUUAUGAAUAA